CAACCAGCAAGUGGAAGAGCGAGAGAAGCGAGAGCGAGAGCGAGAGGCAAGAAAAAAAAAAGAGUAAGCGCGAGUGUGAGCACGCGAGAGAGACGAAGGGAACGCGCGCUCGCUGGUGUGAACAGAGCCCGUCGCGAGCUUGCAGUGGACUCAAAGGAAGUUUGCGACGCUGCAGCGCACCGGAUACCGACUGCUUCUCCGAUUUUUGUAGCCACCGUGAAGGCGUCUGAAAAGCAGCAACCAUGUCAGCUGCAGACAAGUACCUGUACGUGGACCGCUCCCUCGUCAACAACCCGCUGGCUCAGGCCGACUGGGCCACCAAGAAGCUGGUGUGGGUGCCGUCGGAGCGGCUGGGCUUCGAAGCGGGCUCCCUGAAGGAAGAGCAUGGGGACGAGGUGGUCGUGGAGCUGGCCGACUCUGGCAAGAAGGUGCGCGUCAACAAGGACGACGUCCAGAAGAUGAACCCGCCCAAGUUCAGCAAGGUGGAGGACAUGGCGGAGCUGACGUGUCUGAACGAGGCAUCAGUGCUGCACAACCUGAAGGAGCGCUACUACUCCGGCCUCAUCUACACAUACUCUGGGUUGUUCUGUGUGGUGAUCAACCCCUAUAAAAACCUGCCCAUCUAUUCAGAAGAGAUCAUUGAGAUGUACAAGGGCAAAAAGCGCCAUGAGAUGCCCCCCCACAUCUACGCCAUCACAGACACGGCCUACAGGAGCAUGAUGCAAGACCGUGAGGACCAGUCCAUCCUGUGCACGGGUGAGUCCGGUGCAGGGAAGACAGAGAACACCAAGAAGGUCAUUCAGUAUCUAGCCCAUGUGGCUUCAUCUCACAAGACCAAAAAAGACCAGAGCAGCUCGGUCCUGUCACAUGGGGAGCUGGAGAAGCAACUUCUGCAGGCAAACCCCAUCCUUGAGGCCUUUGGUAAUGCCAAAACCGUCAAGAACGACAACUCUUCACGAUUCGGCAAAUUCAUCAGAAUCAAUUUUGAUGUCAACGGUUACAUUGUGGGCGCCAACAUCGAGACCUACUUGCUGGAGAAAUCCCGCGCAAUCCGUCAGGCGCGUGACGAGAGGACCUUCCAUGUCUUCUACUACAUGCUCUCCGGCUCCGGGGACAAAGUCCGCACCGAGCUGUGCCUGGAGGGCUAUAGUAAGUACCGCUUCCUGUCCAACGGGAACGUCACCAUUCCUGGGCAGCAGGACAAGGACAUGUAUACAGACACCCUAGAGGCCAUGCGCAUCAUGGGCUUCUCCGAGGACGAACAGAUCGGUCUCCUCAGGGUUGUGUCUUCUGUGCUCCAGCUGGGUAAUAUUAGCUUUAAGAAGGAACGCCACUCGGACCAGGCAUCCAUGCCCGACGACACAGCUGCCCAGAAGGUGUGUCACCUGAUGGGCAUGAACGUGACGGACUUCACGCGGGCCAUCCUCUCCCCACGGAUCAAGGUGGGGCGGGACUACGUGCAGAAGGCGCAGACGCAGGAGCAGGCAGAGUUUGCGGUGGAGGCGCUGGCCAAGGCCACGUAUGAGCGCAUGUUCCGCUGGCUGGUCAUGCGUAUCAACAAGGCGCUGGACAAGACCAAGCGGCAGGGCGCCUCCUUCAUCGGCAUCCUGGACAUCGCCGGCUUCGAGAUCUUCGAGCUGAACUCCUUCGAGCAGCUGUGCAUCAACUACACCAAUGAGAAGCUCCAGCAGCUCUUCAACCACACCAUGUUCAUCCUGGAGCAGGAGGAGUACCAGCGUGAGGGCAUCGAGUGGAGCUUCAUCGACUUCGGCCUGGACCUGCAGCCCUGCAUUGACCUCAUCGAGAAGCCCACCGGUCCCCCAGGCAUCUUGGCCCUGCUGGACGAGGAGUGCUGGUUCCCCAAAGCCACCGACAAGAGCUUCGUGGAGAAGGUGUUGCAGGAGCAGGGCACGCACCCCAAGUUCUUCAAGCCCAAGAAACUGAAGGACGAGGCCGACUUCUGCAUCAUCCACUACGCCGGCAAGGUGGAUUAUAAAGCAGACGAGUGGCUGAUGAAGAACAUGGACCCUCUGAACGAUAACGUGGCAACUCUGCUUAACCAGUCCACCGACAAGUUUGUGUCUGAGCUGUGGAAAGACGUGGAUCGCAUCGUGGGUUUGGAUAAGGUGGCGGGCAUGUCCGAGAUGCCUGGUGCGUUUAAGACCCGUAAGGGGAUGUUCCGGACUGUGGGCCAGCUGUAUAAGGAGCAGCUGUCCAAGCUGAUGACCACGUUGAGGAACACCAACCCCAACUUCGUCCGCUGCAUCAUCCCCAACCACGAGAAGAAGGCGGGUAAGCUGGACCCCCACCUGGUUCUGGACCAGCUCAGGUGUAACGGCGUUUUGGAGGGGAUCCGUAUUUGCAGACAAGGCUUCCCCAACCGCAUCGUCUUCCAGGAGUUCAGACAGAGGUACGAGAUCCUUACUCCCAACGCUAUCCCCAAAGGAUUCAUGGAUGGCAAACAGGCCAGCGUGUUGAUGAUCAAAGCUCUGGAGCUGGACCCAAACCUGUACCGGAUCGGACAGAGCAAGGUGUUCUUCCGCGCGGGAGUCCUAGCCCAUCUGGAGGAAGAGCGUGACAUGAAGAUCACGGACGUCAUCAUCAGCUUCCAGGCCUGGUGCCGUGGUUACGUGGCUCGCAAGGCGUUUGCUAGGCGGCAGCAGCAGCUGACGGCCAUGCGGGUGAUCCAGAGGAACUGUGCUGCCUACCUCAAACUCAGGAACUGGCAGUGGUGGAGACUCUUCACUAAGGUGAAGCCCCUCCUCCAGGUGAGCCGUCAGGAAGAGGAGAUGCAGGCCAAAGACGAGGAGCUCACCAAGGUCAGAGAGAAACAUCUGAAUGCCGAGAAACAACUGGAGGAGAUGGAGAGCAAACACCAGCAGCUGAAUGCGGAGAAGGUGGCCCUCCAAGAGCAGCUCCAGGCAGAGAUGGACCUGUGCGCAGAGGCGGACGAGAUGAGGAACCGGCUAGUGGCCAAGAAGCAGGAGCUGGAGGAGAUCCUCCACGACCUGGAGGCCCGUGUGGAGGAGGAGGAGGAGAGAGCCAAUCAGCUGCAGACCGAGAAGAAGAAGAUGCAGCAGAAUAUCACGGAUCUGGAGCAGCAGCUGGACGAGGAGGAGGCGGCCCGUCAGAAGCUGCAGCUGGAGCGUGUCACCAUGGAGGCCAAGAUGAAGAAGGUGGAGGAGGACGUGAUGGUGCUGGAGGACCAGAACACCAAACUGAAUAAGGAGAAGAAACUCAUGGAGGAGAGGAUCGCCGAGUUCACCACCAACCUGGCGGAGGAGGAGGAGAAAUCCAAGAGCCUCCAGAAGCUGAAGAACAAGCACGAGGCCAUGAUCACAGACCUGGAGGACCGACUGCGCAGGGAGGAGAAGAUCAGGCAGGAACUGGAGAAGAACCGCCGCAAGCUGGAGGGCGACUCCACCGAGCUCCAUGACCAGAUCGCCGAGCUCCAGGCUCAGAUCGCCGAGCUCCGUGCUCAGCUUGCCAAGAAGGAGGAGGAGCUCCAGGAGGCUCUGGCCAGGAUCGAGGAAGAGGCGGCUCAGAAAAACAUGGCCCAGAAGAAGAUCCGCGAGCUGGAGGCCCAGCUGAGCGAGCUGCAGGAGGACCUUGAGCUGGAGCGGGCCGCCCGCGUCAAGGCCGAGAAGCACCGCCGCGACCUGGGAGAGGAGCUGGAGGCCCUGAAGACGGAGCUGGAAGACACGCUGGACUCCACCGCCGCCCAGCAGGAGCUCCGGACGAAGCGUGAGACAGAGGUGGCCCAGCUGAAGAGGACCCUGGAGGAUGAGGCUAAAGUGCACGAGCAGGUGGUGAUGGAGAUGAGACAGAAACACGGCCAGGCUUUUGAUGAGCUCAACGAACAGCUGGAGCAGGCCAAGAGAAACAAGGCCUCAGUGGACAAGGUGAAGCAGGCACUGGAGUCGGAGCGCAGCGAGCUGCAGAUCGAGCUGCAGACACUGAUGCAGGGGAAGGGCGAGUCCGAACACCGGCGUAAGAAAGCCGAGGCCCAGGUGCAGGAGCUCCAGGUGAAACACGCCGAGAGCGAGAAGCAGAGGGCCGAGCUGGUGGAGAAGUUAGCCAAGCUGCAGGCGGAGCUGGACAAUGCGAACACUCUGCUGAGUGAUGCCGAGGGCAAGUCCAUCAAAGUGGCCAAAGACUGCUCUGCUGUGGAGUCCCAGCUGCAGGACGUCCAGGAGCUGCUUCAGGAGGAGACCCGUCAGAAAUUGUCUCACAGCUCACGCCUGCGUCAGAUGGAGGAGGACCACAACAGCCUGCGCGACCAGCUGGAGGAAGAGGAGGAAGCCAAGAGGAACGUGGAGAAGCAGCUCACUGCCGUCCAGAGCCAGCUGGCUGACAUGAAGAAGAAGAUGGAGAUGGAGAUGAGUUCCCUGGAGAGCACCGAGGAAGCCAAGAAGCGGGUGCAGCGCGACCUGGAGGCCGUCACCCUGCGCCUGGACGAGAGGAACCUGGCCUACGACAAGCUGGACAAGACCAAGACCCGCAUCCAGCAGGAGCUGGACGACCUGAUAGUGGACCAGGACCACCUGCGCCAGAUCGUCUCCAACCUGGAGAAGAAGCAGAAGAAGUUUGACCAGAUGCUUGCCGAGGAGAAAUCGAUUUCGGCGCGCUACGCGGAGGAGCGGGACCGCGCCGAGGCCGAGGCUCGCGAGAAGGAGACGCGUGCCCUCGCGCUGACCCGCGAGCUGGAGGCCAUCAUGGACCAGCGCGUGGAAAUGGACCGCACCAACAAGCUGCUCCGGGCCGAGAUGGAGGACCUGGUCUCGUCCAAGGACGACGUUGGCAAGAGCGUGCACGAGUUGGAGAAGUCCAAGCGGGGCAUGGAGCAGCAGCUAGAGGAGAUGCGCACACAGUUGGAGGAGUUGGAGGACGAGCUGCAGGCCACCGAGGAUGCCAAGCUUCGCCUGGAGGUCAACAUGCAGGCCAUGAAGGCGCAGUACGAGCGUGACCUGGCUGGCAGGGAUGAGAUGGGCGAGGAGAAGAAGAGGCAGCUCGUCAAGCAGGUGCGGGAGAUGGAGAUGGAGUUGGAGGACGAGAGGAAGCAGCGCUCUGUGGCCGCGGCCGCGCGCAAGAAGCUGGAGCUGGACCUGAAGGAGCUGGAGGCAGCCAUCGACCUGGCCAACAAGAACCGUGACGAGGCCAUCAAACAGCUUAAGAAGCUCCAGGCUCAAAUGAAGGACGUGUUGCGGGAGUUGGACGACACACGUUUGUCCCGGGAGGAUAUUCUGGCCCAGAGCAAGGAGAACGAGAAGAAGCUGAAGAGCAUGGAGGCAGACAUGAUCCAACUGCAGGAGGAGCUGGCUGCAGCAGAGCGGUUGAAGAGACAGGCACAGCAAGAGAGAGACGAACUACAGGAUGAGAUCAACAACCAGGCCAACAAAAACUCUCUGACGUCUGAGGAGAAGCGACGCCUGGAGGCGCGCAUCGCCCAGCUGGAGGAGGAGUUGGAGGAGGAGCAGUGUAACACGGAGCUCAUCAACGACCGCCUGAAGAGAACCGCACUGCAGGUGGAUCAGGUGAAUGUGGAGCUGACCGCUGAGCGCAGUACCUCUCAGCGCCUGGAGGGGGCGAGAUCGCAGUUCGAGCGCCAAAACAAAGAGAUGAAACUUAAACUGACCGAGUUGGAGGGAACCGUGAAGAGUAAAUACAAGGCCACCAUCACUGCCCUGGAAGCCAAAAUUGCACAGCUGGAGGAGCAGCUGGAUAUAGAGACCAGAGAGAGACAGGCUUCUUCCAAAUUGGUGCGUCGUACUGAGAAGAAGCUGAAGGAGGUCAUUCUGCAGGUGGAUGACGAGAGACGGAGCGCUGAGCAGUACAAAGAUCAGAUGGAGAAGCUAAACAGCCGUAUGAAACAGCUGAAACGGCAGCUGGAGGAGGCAGAGGAGGAGGCGCAGCGUGCCAAUGCCCUCCGCAGGAAACUGCAGCGCGAGCUGGAGGACGCCACCGAGUCUGCGGACGCCAUGAACCGCGAGGUCUCUUCCCUCAAGAGCAAGCUCAGGCGGGGAGAUCUGCCCUUCACCAUGCGCCGCAUCAUCACCCGCGCCGCCGGCGACAGCGACGAGGAGAGUGAGGCGAAGACUGAAACCCCUGAGCCCAAGCCGGAGUGAACAGACGCCCACGCUGCCACCUGCUGGCUGCAGUGUGGAACUCGCUGGACUGCAGCACUCUCUCUCUCUCACACACACACACAUACAUAAGGGAUCACACUGUCCACUGGAUCUUAGAGAUGCACACAUGAUUUGUUAGUGCCAUAGUAACUUCAUACAUGGAUGCGUGCGCGCACACACACACACCGCAUACUGUUAUUCUGUUGACAAUCAACACAGUUCAUUGUCAUGCAGCCAAGGACCAAAUUUGUCUUUUUUCGUGUUUGUUCUCUGGGAUUUAAACAAUGGAUGAUAUUUUUGUAAGGAGACAUUACAGCUCUUGUAGAUUUGUUUCUGAACUAUUUUCUCCUAAUUGAAGUAAUGAAAGCAAAGAAGUGUUUUAAGAAAAAAAAAUUAAAAAGUGAAGAAUCCGUCGGAAGGGGACCAAAAUGAUUACACACUCUAGACGUAAUUCUGACACACUUGUGAUGGUAUCAGGAAGGAAUGAUGCUACCUGUUUGAGGACUCAUGUGUUUUUCUCUCUCUCUCUCUCUCUCUCUCUCUCUUACUGACUCUCACGUGUCUUGGGAAGGUAGAGGCAUAUGUGCUACAUUGUACUGUAUACUAAAGUAGUUGCAGAUCUUCCACUUCCGUGCUUGGGGGCUUGAUUUAAAGUCGAUAUUCUACACGUAGCUCGUUUAUUCAUUCAUCUCGUGCGCUUAAAAAAACAAGAAGAAGCAUGCACGCUCCUGUAUGCACACAGAAGAGCAAUAGGAUUGCAUAUGUACUGUGCACUGAGCAAAACAAAACAGUGUGUGCAGACAACCACACCAGUGCACGCGCUAGGAAUGAGCACAAGGGCGAUGCACAAGCUCAUAAAUACGGCACUAUGCACUAUAGCCUUAAAGUCAGAUACGUUCUACUAUUUUGACUUUUUCUGAUCCUUUAAUAUUUUUUAUAUUUCUGACAGUCUUUAUUGACGUGCGGGGCAAGGCUGAGCUGGUGGGCCAGGUAACGUUCUCUCAGCAUACUGUAAUCUCGGAGCACUGUUGGUAUCGGAGGCCUGGGAGACGCGCCUGCGUGGCACAAAUAAAGCUCGUGUGGGUUUCACUGCUGCUUUGGUUGGAAAAAACGUUUCCACUUCCUGAUUCUGGAACGGAGCGCUGCACACCACGACCACCCCGCUAGCGCGUGCUCAGGUUCAGCUUUCUCGCUCAUACUGCUGGGAAGUGAGAGGAAUUUAGCAUUGUUUAUGACAAAUAAAUGGCUAAUGAAUAAUUCACUCUCUCUCCAUACAUAACAGAAAAAGUAUAUAUGCAAAAUAAAAAUCCUUAAUUUUGUACUUUUUUUUCUUUAACUCCUAAAAGAUAUCCAGAAAGAUUAAUUGUGAACUGUUGGUAUUAUACAAAUAAACAUGGCUUUCUAAACAGA